AAAUAGUGAUGGGAACAAAAUGUCUCUAAUCAAUUGAAUGCAAGGCCACUGAAAAAUUAUGCUAUAUUCUGUGGUAACAAAAUAAAUAGCGUAGGUUUGUGGUUUGUCUUUAACAGGAAGUUGCCUUAAUGUUUCAGAGUUUUGUUUUACUUUUUCAUUUCAUGACAUUCACUGGCAGUACCAUGUCAGCCCUGGCAUUGAUCACCCUAAUAUCACUUUAUGCUAAAUAUAUAGGAGCUACAGUCAGACCAGUGAUUUCCCUAUCGCCAAACUGGGCCACAAUAUUUAAGGGGGAAUCAGUUAAUCUAACAUGUAAUGUAGACUCUGAUGUGCAAGAGAAUCAGUAUUCUUGGUACAAGAAUGGUCAACAGAUACAUUCUGCGAGGACCAUUACAAUCCAAGCCGCAAGGGAAACCAAUAAUGGGAAUUAUCAGUGCCAAACUGGUGCUAGUGAGAAGAGUGACGCCAUUAGAUUGGUUGUUAAAAAUGAUGACAUCAUGCUCCAGGCCCCUCCCCGAAUUAACGAAGGAGAUGUUCUUAACCUAAGAUGCCACAGCCGACGUACAAAGGGCGCAAUUGCAACCAUCUUCUUCUACGAAGACGAGAUUGUACAGCCCCCUGUCGCUGAUUCUGUUUUUCAUGUUGGAAAAGUGAGGAGAAAUGUGGCCGGUACAUAUAGAUGUGCAAAAAAAUUUGAUGACACUUUACUGUUUGCUGAAGAAUUUAUUUCUGUCAGAGGCAAGUCAACAUGUGAAAUGUUAUGGGGAAAUGUAAUAAAAUUUGCAAACAGAAAAAAUUACACACAAAUAAGAAUACGUGAAUGUCACAAUGUAAUAUUCUUCUUUAGACUUUAAUUGCAUUGCAAAUUUUAAUUGUGCACACCCUCAUUUACUCCUCCCAGACAGUGCCCCUUCGCCUUCAUGUUCGUUUAUAAAAAUGAGACCCCCUAGUGUUUAAAUUCAACAACAACAUAUAACUCCCACUUUUCUCUUUGCAGAACACAAAAAUUAAAAAUUCGAAUAGCAAAAUUAGUUUUUAGUUGAAGGGUAUAAAUAUAGUAUAAUGUUGUGGGAAAUCACAUAAGGUGAUGAGAAGGUAAUGUAAGAGAAUAAGGGGGCUAUUUAUCAAAACUCCGAUUUUUGUGGUUGGGCUUUUUAAGGGGAAUACAUGAAUUUUUUAUGGGAAAAAAACUAGAAUUUUU